AUGGGACCUUGGAAGAGAAAUGAUGCCGGUGUCAACACUGGUAGUUGGAUAUCUUCUUCCAGGUAACUGAGGGGGCGAUUGUUGAGAUCCACUUCGACAUCCAACACGACUUCGCAUAAUUCUGGCCAUGCAUGUAAGUAAACCAUUUCCAAUAGACUAGUAAAAGACCAUAUUCCGACAGUUCAUCUCCACAUUUACUUAUCUCAUUUAUUUAUCUCAUUUUAUUUCAUUUGUUCAUCUCCUCCACAUUUAUUUUUUCAUUUAUUUUGACCCAUAUUCCGACAGUUCAGCUCCUCCACCAGAUCACAGUCAGAAUAUUCUUGAAUCCAUAACUGUUUCAACCAGUGAUGUGAAUUGUCUCAUAUCAAGCCUCCCCGCCGACAAAGCCUCAGGACCUGAUGGAAUAUCUGUCAGGCUACUGAAAGAGUGUGCAGACGAAAUUUCUCCAUCAUUAUCUGCUCUCUUCAAUAUGUCACUAUCACAAGGCAAAGUUCCUCAGGAAUGGAAGGAAGCAAACGUUGUUCCAGUUUUUAAGAAGUCCAUGAUGUCUCUAACUAUCGACCCAUCUCCUUGCUUUCCAUUGUAUCCUAGCUUCUCGAGCGAGUCAUCCAUAUCAACGUGUCCGAGUUUGUUAAACCUUCGUUGA